CUCCCUUCAUCACCGGUAAUAAUCUUUCAUCUUCUCCAAAAUGCUUUCCCGCGCAUUCGCUCGCGCUGUCCCGCGCACAACAUCCCGCAUCGCCACCACUUCUCUCCGCCCAGCAUUCACCUCAUCCACUCGCAGCCAAAUCAGUUCUAUCAGCAGACAAGCGCCUCGCAUCGCCGCAUUCUCGACAUCGCAAUGGAGGAAAGAUGAACACGCACAACACCUGGCUGCCAAGAUUGACGGCGAGAUCAACAUCGAGACUUCAGAAUCUGAGGCGCAGGCGGGCAGUGACGAGAAUGUGAAGCGAUUCCAGGACGACAACCCGUGGUGGACCAUACAAGACACUUUGGGCGAGCAGGAUGUCUACUUCAAGCGCGACUUUGAGGAUGAGAAGAUUACCGUCCACUUCAGCAUUGCCGAUUUCGACAACCAGUACGGGGAGAGCCCAGAUGGAGACUCUGCGCUGGGCGAUGAGUAUGACGGCAUGGAGGAUGGCCAGAGUGGUGGUGCCAACUCCAAGGAUGCCAUCAACCAAGGCCGAAGAGGCGACCAAAACUUCAAAGUCGCUCCCGAAGACAGCGUCGCACCUGCCGACCGCGAAGAGCUCGCCGAUGAGGAGGACCAACCCCAGCCAUUCCCCGUCACCGUCUCCGUCCUCGUCCAACGCCAGAACAAGGGCGCCCUCAAAUUCAUCCUUGUCGCUCAGGACGGCGAUUUCGAGAUCAUCCAAAUGCAACAAUUGCCAAAAGACCUCAAGAUCCAGAACAUCAACGAGAUCAUCCGAAACACCCCCGAGCACCUCUACCUCGGCCCACCUUUCCAGCAACUCGAUGAGGAGGUCCAGGGUAUUGUUGAGAGCUACCUCAACGCAAGAGGCGUGACCGAGUACCUUGCACAAGUCAUUCCCGACUAUAUCGAUGUUAAGGAGCAGAAGGAAUACCUUGGUUGGUUGAACAGGGUCAAAGACUUUGUGGAGUAGAAUUGAUGAAGAAAGUGAUGGGGAUAUGUACGAUGAGGGAAAGAGAAGAUAGCAAUGCCGCAGCACUGCGACUGCAGAAGAGCUCGUCCGGAAGUGGACAUCAUAUCAGCCAGCGUUUCAUCAUCACGACCGGCGUGAAACGGCGUAGAUCGGCCAGGUCAUCUUGCUUGGGUGUUUUGAGGUUUCGCCUCGUGCAUAUGUACAUCAUUCGAAAUAGCAUAACAACUCUCCGCCUCUAAAUCAAGAGCAGACUGGAGCAUUUC